CAUGCGCAGUUAGUGUUGUGUACAGCUCCAUGUUCCAGUUUCAGCAUGUUUCAAUCAUCGCUGCUGUCACUGUACAUGAUCUGACAUUAACCGUGUGUUGAACCGCAGCACCGGAGGGCCAUGAGCUCCAGUCCCGGUUCGGGCUCGGGUUCUGCGGGCCCCAGGAGUCUCUUCAGUCACGUGAAACUCGAGAACCUCCUCGCGGGUCUGAGCGGAGGCGUGGCGUCCACACUCGUGCUUCACCCCCUGGAUCUGGUCAAGAUCAGGUUUGCAGUGAGUGAUGGGCUGGACCUGAGACCGAAGUACACGGGCAUUCUGCACUGCAUGAGAAGCGUCUAUCACCAGGAGGGGCUCCGGGGCCUUUAUCAAGGGGUCACUCCCAAUGUCUGGGGUGCUGGGGCAUCAUGGGGGCUUUACUUCUUCUUUUACAAUGCAAUUAAAGCGUACACCAAAGAGCGCCGGCAGAAGGAGCUGAGCGCCGCUGAACACUUGCUGUCGGCCGCCGGAGCAGGGGCGAUGACGCUGUGCCUGACCAAUCCGAUCUGGGUCACCAAGACCCGGCUGGUUCUGCAGUACAGCGCCGACCCGUCCGGGAAACAGUACACCGGGAUGAUGGACGCGCUGGCCAAAAUAUACCGGCACGAAGGGGUCGCAGGACUCUAUCGGGGGUUUGUUCCGGGUUUGUUUGGGACCUCCCAUGGUGCACUGCAGUUCAUGGCGUACGAAGAGCUGAAGAGAGAUUAUAACAAAUACAGAAACAUGCAAUCAGAUGCGAAACUGAAUCCAUUAGAAUACAUUACUAUGGCAGCUUUGUCCAAAAUCUUCGCAGUGGCCACGACGUACCCGUAUCAGGUGGUGCGAGCGCGUCUGCAGGAUCAGCACAACACCUAUGAUGGAUUGGUGGAUGUCGUCCGGAGAACGUGGAGAAACGAGGGUGUAUUGGGCUUCUACAAAGGGAUGGUGCCAAACCUGAUCCGGGUCACUCCGGCCUGCUGCAUAACCUUUGUGGUUUACGAGAACGUUUCCCGAUUCUUAUUGGACCGGCACCAGUGAACGACCGGACCUGGGAUGGGUCGUCCCGUCAGCGAAAGUGUUUGGCGUCCACAGACAUCAGAAAAGCCUCUCUGGGAAACUGAACUGCAUGAUGCCACAGAGUUCACAGUGUAAUUUGUGUCGUCACUCCUGCAGAAACUGCAACUGCUGUGUGACACGUUAUACUGAAUAUGGACAUGACGGAUUGAUUGUGUACGUUUUUUUAAGUGGCUGUAAGUUAUGUUCUCUUAAAGGCUGUUUAUUUCAUCUAAUUAAAAAGUGUAAAAAACAAA